UCUGUUCACCACCAGCGUGAGGGCGUGUGCGCCACACUGCUGCAGUCAGGGCAUCAAUUUUGUAUAGGAAAUGACUGUUGAGGCAGCGCAGCAACGGUGGUGAACCACUUAGCUGAGCGCGCCUCCCUCCCUCUCCUCCUUUAACCACGGGCUGAGGAGGGAGGAGGGCUCGGCUGUUUCUGUGCAAUGGGGGUCCAGGAGCGCUGGCAGCAGAAUCAUGUCUGCCUCCGACUCGAGCGCUACAGGACUCAUCUGUAACAAGGGUUCAGCCGAUUCCUACACUAGUCGACCCUCUGAUUCCGACCUGUCCCUGGAGGAGGACCAGGAGGCGUCUCGGCGUGAAGCCGAGCGCCAGGCUCAGCUGCAGCUGGAGAGAGCCAAGUCGAAGCCAGUGGCGUUUGCUGUGAAAACCAAUGUGAGUUACUGCGGGGCCCUGGACGAAGACUGUCCAGUCCAAGGUGCUGCUAUUAACUUUGAAACCAAAGACUUUCUGCACAUAAAAGAGAAAUACAGCAAUGACUGGUGGAUCGGUCGUCUGGUGAAGGAAGGGGCGGAUAUCACAUUUAUCCCAAGCCCAGUGAAACUUGAGGCCAUGAGGAUAAAACAGGAGCAGAAAGCAGCGGCGAGGAAAGGAGGGAACGCUUCGUCGGGAGGCUGGAGGUCCACGCCGCCAUCUGCAGCCAAACAGAAGCAGAAACAGACUGAACACGUCCCUCCGUAUGAUGUGGUUCCUUCUAUGCGGCCGGUGGUUCUGGUGGGGCCGUCUCUGAAAGGCUACGAGGUAACAGACAUGAUGCAGAAAGCCUUGUUUGACUUCCUGAAGCACAGGUUUGACGGCAGGAUCUCCAUUACACGGGUGACUGCUGAUCUGUCGCUGGCGAAGCGCUCCGUGCUGAACAAGAAGGCCAUAAUGGAGAGAUCCAACACUCGCUCCAGUCUGGCGGAGGUCCAGAGUGAGAUCGAGAGGAUCUUCGAGCUGGCCAAGUCCCUUCAGCUGGUCGUCCUGGACGCAGACACCAUCAACCAUCCCGCUCAGCUGCUCAAGACCUCUCUGGCUCCCAUCGUCGUCUACGUCAAAGUGUCGUCGCCCAAAGUCCUUCAGAGGCUGAUUAAAUCUCGAGGAAAAUCACAAAGCAAGCAUCUCAACGUGCAGAUGAUGGCGGGAGACAAGCUGGCCCAGUGUCCUCCGGAGAUGUUCGACGUCAUCCUGGAUGAGAAUCAGCUGGAGGACGCCUGCGACCAUCUGGCCGAGUACCUUGAAAUUUACUGGCGUGCGACACAUCUGCCCUGCUCUGCCCCGGUCAACCCCUUACUGGACCAAAGCGUGGUCACCCCUCCUUCAGCCAACUCCAGCCAACAGUUUUCUGAGACUCAAGAGCUUAUAGAAUGAUCUCCACCACAGACAUAGGAGCAGCCUGUGCUGUCGGCCGGGGUCAGAGCAGCAGGUCAUGGAGCACGGGGACCGGGCGCCACCAGGGGGCGGCAGCAGCCCUCAUCUCUCCCAGGCCAGCACCCACCUUCCCCCGGUCACAUCUGGGCUUCAGCAGAGGGAAGGAGAAGGAGCAGGAGCAGGCGGGAGGUCUGAGCAGAGCUGGCUGCACCUCCUCACUGCCGCCCCCUCGGCCAGAGCUCCCCGCUCCCACCGUCACGCUACAACUCAGGGCCGCUUCCUGCAGCUGCACGGCCACUGGCGGCAGAACGACCAGCUCGGCCGUGCAGUCACUCCUCACCACGAGCUCCCUCCUCCCACCCUGACCUGGAAACUGGUCCUCACCUCUUGCUUUCAAGCCGGGAGGCAAUUUCCCUUCCUCACAAAGCUGAGCCAGCCCCUGUGUGUGUGUUUGUGUGUGCAGACACCCAAGAGUGGCCCGAUCGCUCACACACACACACACGGGAUGCUUCAGCUCUCACUACAGACAGAUUACAGUAAUCACGACUGUAGCACAGCCGUCAGGCCGCUGUCUCCAUGUCCGUCCUCAGCAGAUUUCCCAGGGUUGUACGGCUGAUGCGUCCCGACAAAAAAAUCAAUUCAGUAUGUCUUCCAUCUCUGCAGCUUCCCGUGAGCUGUCAUUCUAAAUGUUUAACCAAAUGUUUUCUCAAAGGUUCAAUUACAUCUGUCGGAGUCACCGCUGUGUCACCUGUGGUGGGAAAGCCAAGGAAAACACACACCUUUCAGUUCCUCCUGUAGCCUUUUAAUGCAGUUCUGACUAUCUUCCAGAUAGCAGCUACCCACGUUACUGACAUUAAUUCUGCUCUCAGAAUGGCUGAAUGCUUCAAUGUAUGCAAAACACGUGUAGAACAAGCACAUGCACUCGGUCUAUAUGCAUCUUUGUCACAGCUGUGAGUGUAUGAAUGCUGCCCCGUUACCAUAGGCAGGGAUUAUUCACAAUAACUGUGGUUUGGUUGUAGAUAGUUUCAGGAAAAUUUGACUUCUAACGGUUCUGGGAGAAAAAAAUAAAGCAUUACCAGGUCGUAAAAUAUUGCAUUAGAACCUUAAGACAAGUUUUUGAAGCAUUGAAUUUGAUACAUAACUAUUUUAAAUCAGAUAUUGACUAAAAUGCGGAAAAGAAAGCGCUCGAUCCUUCAUAAAAUUGGACAAGAAAAUAGUUUAAAUAGACUGCGUAUAUUUUACACAAUAUACACAAUAAUGCUAAUCGUAACUCCAUAGUAGUUUCAAGCAGCCAAACAAACGCCUCCAUGUAAAUUAGAAAAAUAUACAAAUUCCAUGUAGUUUGCAUACUCUAUGAAACAUUUUACAGGACUUCUACAAUAUGCACUGAAAUCCUCACAUUCAUUCAACUGCUCGACUCAUGUGAAGACUCCAGAAAUCAGCCACCAUGUCACACGUGUAAAUAAUCUGAUGUAUGUGCAUGGCAUAUCGUAAUCCUGUAUCAUCAGAAGGGCUUUCCAGGACCACCCACACACAGUCUGAAACACGACCCGCAUCACUAUUUACAUAUGCAUUAUCAAGGCUUAGCUGUAAAUACUGUAUAUUCCAGAUGCAGAUAUUAUUGUUAUUACUAUCUAAUUGCACAGAAGCAGCAAACGCUGACAGGAAGUAGAGAGGUUAUAAUCACGUACACUCUUCUAUACUCGAGGCCUCAGAAAGCAUGUGUUUAUUAUACGUGACGUCCGCUCUGUUUGGAAUGAUGCACGGCUUAUUUAGGACCACCGUAGCGAUCGCUUCCACUGACACCCACGUUCAUUUCUAAAAGGACCAGGCUGGAGGUACAUAACCUCUCUUUGACUAAACACACAGAGCACAGUGCAUUAUUUCGAUCAGUCCCUCAAGAAAUAUCAACUUCUCCUAGUAGCUUAAUUUAUAUUGCAGGAAAUUUCUACAAAGAGUCAAAUACUCUUUGGAUGUCCAAAGCACAAUUUUUUACAAUUAUCGUUUCUUAUUGCGUUUCACUUGCCUAAAUUCUGUAUGCAAUACAAAGUUUAGCAUCGACGAGACACUAGCCGAGACUAUCAAGAUAUCUCCUCAGUGACCAUGGGGUAUAAUUGCACUACAAUCAUUUAUAUGUAUGCUUUUCAAUGCAAUAAAUGCACUAAACGUUAUGCUGUACCCACCUCCUGAUCUGAACAAGCUGUCUGGCCUGGCCGGCGAUGUCUCCUGGUUUUCAACAAUGAUAUCCAACAGAUGAAGAUGUACACAGCCUGCAUCUUUUGUUAAUAGCACAUGUGAAGGAGGAGGUGAAUAAAAUUACAUUUAUGUAAC